AUGGACCAAAUAACUCCCAAGGAAGUGAGGAUCCUCGAGAAUCCGGAGGAUAUCCAGGAGAGACGUGAACAAGUGCUUGGAAGAUAUUCCAAUUUCAAAUCCGAAGCACGCAGCAAACGCGACAAACUUGAGGACUCCCGACGUUUUCAGGUACAUGAAAAUUACAAAGACCCCACCAACUUGCAAGCAAAAAUCCAAAAGCACCAAGCAUUCGAAGCUGAAGUGGCAGCUCACUCAAACGCAAUUGUCUUGCUGGACAAUACAGGUUCCGAGAUGAUAGCCCAACACCACUUCUCCAGCGACUUGAUCCGCAAGCGUCUCGAAGAAUUGCACCGUCUUUGGGAACUUCUGCUCUCCAGACUAGCCGACAAGGGCUUAAAACUCCAACAAGCCCUAGUCCUCGUGCAAUUCAUCCGGCACUGCGACGAAGUAAUGUUCUGGAUCAAAGACAAGGAAGCCUUCGUGACCACCGACGAGUUUGGCCACGACCUCGAGCACGUGGAGGUUCUCCAGAGAAAAUUUGACGAAUUCCAGAAGGACGUCGCUAGCCAGGAGUACAGAGUUACUGAAGUGAACGAGCUGGCUGAAAAGCUACUGCUGGACGGUCACCCAGAGCGCGACACAAUCUUGAGCAGAAAGGAAGAACUGAACGAGUCCUGGCAGAGAUUGAAGCAGCUUGCGAUUCUCAGGCAAGAAAAACUCUUCGGAGCUCACGAGAUCCAGCGCUUCAACAGAGAUGCUGACGAAACAAUGACCUGGAUCGCGGAGAAAGACGUGGUUCUGUCUUCAGACGACUUCGGCCGGGACCUCGCGAGUGUCCAGACCCUCCAACGCAAGCACGAAGGAAUAGAACGGGAUUUAGCAGCUCUGGAGGACAAAGUUUCAACUCUGGGAGCCGAAGCUGAUCGACUGGCAGGAAUUCAUCAAGUAGAUCACUCCCAGCAGAUCCAAGCGAAGCGCGCAGAGAUUAUCCAGUCUUGGGAGAGCUUAACAGCUAAAGCUAAAGAACGUCGCUUGAAGUUAGACGAGUCUUACUACCUCCACCGUUUCCUCGCAGACUACCGGGACCUCGUUUCCUGGAUGAACGACAUGCGAGCUAUUAUUUCCGCAGACGAGCUCGCUAAAGACGUAGCUGGAGCUGAGGCUCUUCUGGAACGUCACCAAGAGCACAAAGGCGAGAUAGAUGCUAGAGCUGACAGCUUUGACGCUGCUACUCUCGCUGGGAACCAGCUUCUGGAGCGCAAGCACUACGCUGCUGAAGAAGUUGCUCGUAAAUUGACUUCUCUCGCAGAAGACAAAUCAUCUUUGCUGACUCUCUGGGAAAAAAGGAGGAUUUUAUAUGAGCAGUGUAUGGAUUUACAACUAUUCUAUCGCGACACUGAGCAAGCUGAUGCUUGGAUGGCCAAGCAGGAGGCUUUCCUCGCAAAUGAAGACCUUGGAGACUCGCUGGACAGUGUUGAAGCUUUGAUCAAAAAGCACGAGGACUUUGAUAAGUCUCUAGCAGCGCAGGAGGAAAAAAUCAAGGCUCUGGAUGAGUUUGCUGGGAAAUUAAUCGAAGGCGAACACUAUGCGGCUGAUGAUGUUGCUCAGCGGAGGCAGCUUCUGUUGGAGCGUCGCGCUGUUUUGUUAGAAAAGUCAGCUCAAAGGAGACGUAGGCUUGAGGAUGCUUACAAGCUUCAGCAAUUUGAACGCGACUGCGAUGAAACUAAAGGGUGGGUUAAUGAAAAAUUGAAGUUUGCUACUGAUGACAGUUACCUUGAUCCUACAAACUUGAACGGCAAGGUUCAGAAGCACCAGAACUUCGAGCAAGAGCUCAAUGCUAACAAAACCAGGAUGGAAGAAAUGGUUUCUACUGGUCAAGAGUUAAUUGACAGUGAUCACUACGCCAGCGACCGCAUUCGCGCAAGGACUGAUGAAAUUGUCACCCUCUGGGAAAGUCUUACUAAAGCAUCGGAGAAGAAAGGAACUAAAUUACAGGAAGCUUCGCAGCAACAGCAGUUCAAUCGCACUGUUGAGGAUAUUGAACUCUGGCUGUCGGAGGUUGAAGGUCAAUUGAUGUCUGAAGACUACGGCAAGGAUCUUACGAGUGUCCAAAAUUUACAGAAAAAACACGCUUUGUUAGAAGCUGAUGUUGGCUCUCAUGCUGAUAGAAUCGAGAGCAUUUCUCAAGCUGCUGAACAGUUUGUCAGCACUGGACACUUUGACGCGGAUAAUAUUCGCGCGAAGCAGCAGCAACUUCAGGGCCGUUAUUCGGCACUUCAAAGACCAAUGAGCAUCCGCAAGCAAAGAUUGUUGGACUCUUUGCAGGUCCAGCAACUGUUCCGAGAUAUUGAGGAUGAAGAAGCUUGGAUUCGCGAGAAAGAACCUGUUGCUGCAAGCACAAACCGUGGAAGAGACUUGAUUGGUGUGCAAAAUUUGCAGAAGAAACAUCAAGCAGUUCUGGCGGAAAUAAACAACCACGAGCCCAGAGUAGCUGCAGUUUGCCAAGCUGGUUCAAGAAUGCUUCAGGAUGGUCACUUUGCUGCAGAUGAAAUCAGCCAGCGUUUAGCUGCGCUUGAUGAACACUGGGGACAACUCAAGGAGAAAGCAAGACAGCGCAAGGUUGAUCUGGACGAUUCGCUUCAAGCGCAUCAGUACUUUGCAGAUGCUAACGAAGCUGAGUCUUGGAUGAAGGAGAAACGUCCGAUUGUUCUGAAUUCAGACUACGGAAAGGAUGAAGACAGUUCUGAAGCUUUGUUGAAGAAACACGAAGCGCUUGUAAGUGACUUGGAAGCUUUUGCUAGCACUAUUGCCGCUCUGAGAGAGCAAGCUGCUGCUUGUCGGCAACAAGAGACACCCACGGUGGAGAUUGCGGGUAAAGAAUGCGUCGUUGCGCUUUAUGACUACGCUGAGAAGUCUCCAAGGGAGGUGUCAAUGAAGAAAGGAGACACUUUGACGCUGUUGAACUCUAACAAUAAAGAUUGGUGGAAGGUUGAGGUCAAUGACAGACAAGGCUUUGUUCCUGCUGCUUAUGUUAAGCGGGUUGAACCAGAAGCAGGCCUGAGCGCUUCCCAGCAGAACUUGGCCCGCGAGCAGAGUUCUAUUGCUGCUAGACAAGCUCAAAUUCAGGCUCAGUACGAUGACUUGCUUCAGUUGGCUCGCGAGCGCCAGAAUAAGUUGAAUGAAACCGCUAAAGCUUAUGUUUUGGUGCGUGAAGCAGCGGAGCUUGCGACCUGGAUCAAAGACAAGGAAAAUCAUGCACAGGUUCAGGAUGUUGGUGAAGAUUUGGAGCAAGUUGAAGUCAUGCAGAAAAAGUUUGAUGAUUUCCAGGCUGACUUGAAGGCCAAUGAAGUUAGACUGGCUGAGAUGAAUGAGAUCGCUGUGCAAUUGAUGAGUCUUGGACAAACUGAGGCAGCUUUGAAGAUUCAUACGCAGAUUCAGGACUUGAAUGAGAAAUGGACUAGUUUGCAGACGCUUACUGCUGAGAGGGCGAGUCAACUGGGCUCGGCUCAUGAAGUCCAGCGUUUCCAUCGCGAUGUUGAUGAAACUAAGGACUGGAUCCGGGAGAAAGACGCUGCGUUGAAUAAUGAUGAUUUAGGAAAGGAUUUGCGCAGUGUUCAGGCUCUGCAGCGCAAGCACGAGGGCCUUGAAAGAGACUUGGCGGCUUUAGGAGACAAAAUUAAGCAGCUGGAUGAAAUUGCUAAUCGGUUGAUGCAAUCCCAUCCUGAUACUGCUGACCAAACUUAUGUAAAGCAGAAGGAAAUUAAUGAAGAGUGGACUCAGCUGACUGCCAAGGCUAAUUCUCGCAAAGAAAAGCUGCUUGAUUCUUACGACCUUCAGAGAUUCCUCAGUGACUACCGGGAUCUAAUGGCUUGGAUUAAUUCUAUGAUGGGCUUGGUUGCUUCUGAGGAACUGGCCUCUGAUGUAACUGGAGCUGAAGCUCUUCUAGAGCGUCAUCAAGAACAUAGAACUGAAAUUGAUGCAAGAGCGGGAACAUUCCAAGCUUUCGAGCUUUUCGGCCAGCAGCUAUUGCAGUCGAGUCAUUAUGCUAGCAUUGAGAUUCAGGAAAAGCUUGAAUCUAUGGCUGAGGCGAGACAAGAGUUAGAGAAAGCCUGGAUCCAGAGACGCAUGCAGCUGGACCAGAAUCUUGAACUUCAAUUGUUCUGUCGUGACUGCGAGCAAGCUGAGAACUGGAUGAGUGCUCGGGAAGCUUUCCUAAGCACCGCUGAUGCAGUUGACAGCAGUGACAAUGUUGAAGCGUUGAUUAAGAAGCACGAGGACUUUGACAAGGCUAUCAAUGCUCAUGAGGAAAAAAUUGCUGCGCUGCAAACUCUUGCUGAUCAAUUAAUUGCCGCUGAGCACUACGCUGCUAAACCUAUUGACGAUCGUCGUUGCCAGGUGUUGGAUCGUUGGCGACAUCUUAAAGAUGCUUUGAUCGAAAAGAGGUCCAAGCUAGGAGAGUCUCAGACUCUUCAGCAGUUUUCAAGAGACGCUGAUGAAAUGGAGAACUGGAUUGCCGAGAAGCUUCAGCUGGCUACGGAAGAAAACUACAAGGACCCAGCGAACAUUCAGUCUAAACAUCAGAAGCACCAGGCUUUUGAAGCCGAAUUGGCUGCUAAUGCUGAUAGGAUUCAGUCAGUUUUAGCAAUGGGAGGAAACCUUAUUGAAAAACACCAGUGUGCUGGCUCUGAAGACGCUGUUCAAAAGCGCUUGGCUUCCAUUGCUGACCAAUGGGAGUACUUGACCCAGAAGACCACUGAGAAAUCUCUGAAACUCAAGGAAGCUAACAAGCAGCGUACUUACAUCGCAGCUGUAAAAGAUCUUGACUUCUGGCUCGGAGAAGUUGAAAGUUUGCUUACUUCUGAAGACGCUGGAAAGGAUCUUGCGUCUGUUCAGAAUCUGAUGAAGAAGCACCAGCUGGUAGAAGCUGACAUUCAGGCCCAUGAAGAAAGAAUCAAAGACAUGAACGGACAAGCUGAUUCGCUGAUUGAAAGCGGACAGUUUGACGCGGCUGGUAUUCAAGAGAAGCGACAGAGCAUCAACGAACGCUACGAGAGAAUCAGAAAUUUGGCAGCUCAUCGCCAAGCUCGUCUUAAUGAAGCUAACACGCUGCAUCAAUUCUUCCGAGAUAUUGCUGAUGAAGAAUCCUGGAUCAAGGAGAAGAAAUUGCUGGUCGGCUCUGACGAUUACGGCCGCGAUUUGACCGGAGUCCAGAAUCUUAAAAAGAAGCACAAGAGGUUGGAAGCUGAGUUGGCUAGCCACGAACCAGCCAUCCAAGCUGUCCAAGAAGCUGGAGAGAAACUUAUGGAUGUUUCCAACUUGGGAGUGCCGGAAAUAGAGCAGCGUUUGAAGCUUCUUAAUCAAGCCUGGGCUGAAUUGAAACAAUUAGCAGCAACUCGCGGGCAGAAGCUUGAUGAAUCAUUGACUUAUCAGCAAUUCCUGGCGAAGGUUGAAGAAGAGGAAGCUUGGAUUACUGAGAAGCAGCAGCUGUUGUCUGUUGAGGAUUAUGGAGACACUAUGGCUGCCGUUCAGGGGCUAUUGAAGAAGCACGACGCCUUUGAAACGGACUUUGCUGCUCAUGGAGAACGCUGCAAGGAAACUUGCGACGCUGGAGAAGCUCUUAUUAAGGGUGGUAAUCAUCGCGCGGACGCUAUUGGCCAGCGUUGCAAUCAAUUGAGGAACAAACUUGAACAGCUUGGUGGGCUUGCUGCUAAACGCAAGACCAGGCUUAAUGACAACUCGGCUUACUUGCAGUUCAUGUGGAAAGCAGAUGUCGUCGAGUCCUGGAUCGCUGACAAGGAGACUCAUGUUCGUUCUGAGGAAUUUGGAAGAGAUUUAUCAACAGUCCAGACUUUGCUGACCAAGCAGGAGACUUUUGACGCGGGACUGCAUGCGUUUGAGCAUGAAGGUAUCCAGAAUAUUACCACCUUGAAGGAGAGACUCGUUGAUUCUGGUCAUGAUCAAGCUGCCAGUAUUCAGAAGCGCCACGCUGAUGUCAUCACUCGUUGGCAGAAACUACUUGCCGAUUCUGACGCGCGUAAGCAACGUCUGUUGCGCAUGCAGGAGCAGUUCCGUCAGAUUGAGGAAUUGUAUCUGACUUUCGCGAAAAAGGCUUCGGCUUUCAACUCCUGGUUUGAAAAUGCUGAGGAAGAUCUGACUGAUCCCGUCCGGUGUAACAGCAUUGAAGAAAUCCGCGCACUCAGAGAAGCUCACGCGCAAUUCCAGGCCAGUCUUUCAUCAGCUGAAGCGGACUUUCAGGCUCUGGCUGCGCUAGACAGGCAGAUCAAGAGCUUCAACGUUGGUCCUAACCCGUACACCUGGUUCACGAUGGAAGCUCUUGAAGACACCUGGCGGAAUUUGCAGAAGAUUAUUAAAGAGCGAGAUGUUGAGCUUGCUAAGGAAGCGACUCGUCAAGAGGAGAAUGAUAAACUGAGGAAGGAGUUUGCUAAGCAUGCUAAUGCAUUCCACCAGUGGCUGGCUGAGACAAGGACUUCCAUGAUGGAAGGCUCAGGGUCGCUGGAGCAGCAGCUGGAAGCUACUAAGAGGAAGACUCAGGAGGUGCGGGCUCGCAGGCAAGAUCUCAAGAAAAUUGAGGACCUUGGAGCUACUCUCGAGGAACAUUUGAUUCUCGAUAAUCGUUAUACUGAGCACAGCACUGUGGGGUUGGCUCAGCAGUGGGAUCAACUGGACCAGCUGGGAAUGAGGAUGCAGCACAAUUUGGAGCAGCAGAUACAAGCUCGCAACCAGUCUGGGGUGUCUGAAGACGCGCUUAAGGAGUUCUCGAUGAUGUUCAAGCACUUUGACAAGGACAAGAGUGGACGAUUGAAUCAUCAGGAGUUCAAGUCUUGUUUAAGAGCUCUUGGGUAUGAUUUACCGAUGGUAGAAGAGGGCCAGCCUGAUCCUGAAUUUGAGAAUAUUCUUGAUAUUGUUGAUCCCAACCGUGAUGGAUAUGUUUCUUUGCAAGAGUACAUGGCGUUUAUGAUUAGUAAGGAAACUGAGAAUGUUCAAAGCUCGGAGGAAAUCGAGAACGCUUUCCGGGCUAUUACUGCUGCCGAUCGGCCUUAUGUCACCAAAGAGGAACUUUAUGCUAACCUCACUAAAGAGAUGGCUGAUUACUGCGUAGCCCGCAUGAAACCAUACGUUGAUCCAAAAACCGAACGACCAAUAACAGCAGCUCUAGAUUACAUCGACUUUACUCGCACGCUUUUCCAAAAUUAA